AUGCGUCAGUCCGAGACGAUCGAGGCCACCACGCCCGAGAUCUCGGUGGCGCGCACCGCGGUGGCCAGCUACUUCUCGGAGGUGAAGAAAGCCCUGGAGGUCCCCAGCGGUAAAGAUCGAACACUGUUUGACUGGGACCAACAUGGCUGGAUGCUGUGGGUCAACAAGGAAGCAGGCCUGAAGAAGCUGGUGCAGACCAUCUGUUCCCAUCACCUCUUGCAGGCGGGUGGAGGCUGGGCAGAUCUGGCCGCCGGAAGCGAUCCUUACCUGGUUCACACAUGGCCAGAAUUCCAAUGCUAUCGAGAUAUCAUGUUCUACUGGAAGUAUUUCCUUUGCACCGACCUGAGGGUCUUUCCCAAGGUGAAUGAGUUUCCGCCACAGUCCGCCUAUCUGCGGUGGCAAGUGGUGGACGAGCAAAAGGCCUUUGGCUGCCCACCCAAUCGAGGCAAAGUCUUUAUGGUGACGGGCAUGAGCAAGGAGAGGGUGGCAGCCAAGACUUGUAUGGCUUGA